AUGAUGCGCAACUUGGUUCUUCUCAGCGCGCUAUCUGCCUGCGUGCUGAGUGCACCCGCCUCGUAUGGACCACACGUGCUGCACCAAAAGCGAAGUGAGGAAUGGCACUACGAUGCGUGGGUCAAACGAGAGGCCGCGGACCCUACCACCAAGGUCCCGGUCAGCAUCGCCCUCAAGCAGCGCAACCUGGAGCGGGGAAUGGACCUCCUCAUGGAAGUGUCCGAUCCGACUCACGGGUCGGGCAAAUAUGGCCAGUGGUACACGCGCGAACAGAUUAUGGACCUUUUUGCACCGUCGGAUGACUCGGUCGCUGCGGUGAAGGAUUGGCUUGUUCGCUCCGGGGUGGCCAAAAGUUCCAUCGUCGUGCCCAAGACCAAGGGCUGGGUCCAUUUCGACUCGACCGUUGGUCAACUUGAGUCGCUCACCCAGGCCGACUACCAUAUAUACAGCCACGUAUCGACCCGUGACGAGGAUCACAUUGGCACCGAAGAGUACUCCCUACCGAAAGCAGUCCAGGAACACGUCGACUUCAUCGUGCCGGGCACCGCCUUCGGGCGGCUCGGCUCUGGAAAGGGUCUGCAUCGUCGGAAGAGCAGCAGAGGUCCGGGCGGUUCGCCGAUAGAGAUGCCGAUGCCGCCAGAGAUUGAAAUGACUAAUCCCGGCGACUGCUCCCGCAAAAUUACGCCUGAAUGCCUGCGGGCCAUGUACAAGAUCCCCAUGGGGAAGACGGCGCAUCCAAACAACAGGCUUGGCAUCUUCGAGAGCGAGGGUCAGCUCUAUGGGCAAACUGAUAUGAAUCGAUUUCUGGAGACGCUCGCCCCAUAUGUUCCACAGAACUUUACCCCAGAUAUCUAG